AUAUGACUACGUGGAGGUGCGAGAUGGCGUGGAUGAGAGUGGUCAGCUGGUGGGGAAGUACUGCGGGAAGAUUGCCCCCUCCCCGGUCGUGUCUUCGGGAAACCAGCUCUUCAUCAAGUUUGUGUCCGACUACGAGACCCAUGGAGCAGGUUUCUCCAUCCGAUAUGAGAUCUUCAAGACAGGUCCUGAAUGCUCCAGGAACUUCACCUCCAACAGCGGUGUCAUAAAAUCUCCUGGUUUCCCAGAGAAGUACCCCAACAACCUGGACUGCACUUUCAUGAUCUUUGCCCCUAAGAUGUCUGAGAUCAUUUUGGAGUUUGAGAGCUUUGAGUUGGAGCCAGACCCGACACCACCUUCUGGCGUGUUCUGCCGAUAUGACAGGCUGGAGAUUUGGGACGGUUUUCCUGGAGUCGGUCCAUAUGUCGGGAGGUACUGUGGGCAGAACACUCCUGGUCGGAUCAUCUCCUACACUGGCAUCCUGGCACUGACGAUCAACACCGACAGUGCCAUCGCUAAGGAGGGCUUCUCUGCGAACUUCACCGUCAUUGAAAGGACCGUUCCCGAGGACUUUGACUGCAGUGACCCAUUGGGAAUGGAAUCUGGAGAGAUAACAUCAGACCAAAUCAUCGCUUCAUCCCAGUACAACCCCAGCUGGUCCCCAGAGCGCUCCCGACUCAACUACUAUGAAAACGCAUGGACUCCGGCCGAAGACUCCAACAAGGAGUGGAUACAGGUGGACCUUGGGUUCUUGCGGUUUGUGUCGGCCAUCGGUAUGCAGGGCGCCAUUUCCCAGGAGACCCGCAAGGUUUACUUCGUCAAGUCCUACAAGGUGGACGUGAGCUCUAACGGAGAGGACUGGAUCACUUUGAAGGAAGGUUCCAAACAAAAGGUUUUCCAAGGCAACACCAAUCCGACAGACGUUGCCAAGACGAUGCUGCCCAAACCCACGCUGACACGCUUCCUUCGGAUCCGUCCGGUUACCUGGGAAACAGGCAUUGCGCUGCGCUUCGAGGUGUAUGGAUGUAAGAUAUCAGAGUAUCCGUGCUCGGGCAUGCUGGGCAUGGUAUCGGGCUUGAUCACUGACAACCAGAUCACCGCGUCCUCGCACACAGACCGGAACUGGGUACCAGAGAAUGCCCGCCUGCUGACGAGCAGGACGGGGUGGACACUGCUGCCUCAGCCCCAGCCCUUCACCAGCGAAUGGCUGCAGGUGGAUCUUGGCGAGGAGAAGCUUGUGAAGGGGUUGAUCAUCCAGGGAGGGAAGUACCGCGAGAACAAAGUCUUCAUGAAGAAGUUUCGCCUCGGCUUCAGCAACAAUGGCUCUGACUGGAAGAUGGUGAUGGACACCAGUGGGAACAAGCCAAAGAUAUUUGAAGGUAAUAGCAAUUAUGACACUCCAGAGGUGAGGACAGUGGAAACCCUGCUGACACGAUUCAUCAGAAUAUACCCAGAGAGGUCCACUCCUGCUGGCAUGGGCUUGCGCCUUGAGCUCCUGGGCUGUGAGAUCGAAGCCCCGACGCUGCCACCCACCACGCUGGUCCCGAGCACGACUCCAUCGGACGAGUGCGACGACGAACAGGCAAACUGCCACAGUGGCACAGGUGAUGACUACGACGUGACAGGUGGAACCACGAUGCCAGAGACCACUACACCUGAAGUGGAUACAAUUCCAGCUUUUCUGUGGUUUGCCUGUGACUUUGGCUGGGCCAGCGACCCGUCCUUCUGCAGCUGGACUUCAGAGGACACUGGCUCCCGUUGGCAGAUCCAGUCCAGUGGCACACCUACCCUCAACACUGGACCCAACAUGGACCACACAGGUGGAUCAGGGAAUUUCAUCUACACCUUGGCAACAGGUCUUCAGGAGACGGAGGUGGCUCGGCUCAUCAGCCCCGUGGUCGGCUCCCCGGACUCAGACCUAUGCGUGUCCUUUUGGUACCACAUGUUCGGGUCACACAUCGGCACACUGCACAUCAAGCAGCGUAAACAGACAGUUGACGGACCAGCUGACAUCCUGCUGUGGACCGUCAGUGGUCACCAAGGCAACCGCUGGAGAGAAGGUCGUGUCAUUGUGCCGCGCACCAACAAACCGUAUCAGGUGGUGAUUGAAGGUCUGGUGGAGAGAAAGAGCUGGGGAGACAUCGCUGUGGACGACGUCAAGGUCCUCAAUGGUCUCAGCAUGGCAGACUGUAAAGAUCCUGACGUACCCACGGAGCCUAUGUUACCGGAGGACCGCAAUGAAAUCUUUGAAGACAUCACUGAAUACCCGGUGUUUGUGGAGACGAACCAGAUCAGUGGAGCAGGCAACAUGCUAAAGACACUCGACCCCAUCCUCAUCACCAUCAUCGCUAUGUCCGCCCUGGGGGUCUUCCUGGGCGCCAUAUGUGGCGUGGUGUUGUACUGCGCCUGCUCACACGGCGGCAUGUCAGACAGGAACUUAUCAGCCCUGGAGAACUAUAACUUUGAACUCGUGGACGGUGUCAAGAUAAAAAAGGACAAACUCAACGUACAGAGCUCAUACUCGGAGGCUUGAGACGGGACUGAGUGUGUCAGUGUGACUGUGUGACGUGCAGAGCUCGCGGAGCGUGCACAGGACUGGCUGUAGGCGCAAACCUCCCGUGUAUGUGCGAGGAGCUAAGCUCAAAGGACUGCCAACGCCCUCAACUCGCUGGAUGAGGGACAGGUUCAGGAUCCAGUGGGGAGGCUUCGGACUGAUCCACACUUUUCUCAGGAGCUGCAGUAAAAAUAAAAAUAAAAAAGAACCUACCAGUAGGGGACACUGUGUACAAAUAAACUACAGGAAAAAAAAUAUGUACAGAUGAUUUAGAUAUUUUAAUUUUCUAUUUUGAUUUUCAUUCAUUUUUACAAUCGGAUGCUGGUGUUGAGACCAAUUUAAUAAUGAUGUUGAAAGUAUUUAUCAUUUUCUGGGGAAAGAAAUGUUUUGCUUUUUUUUCGUCAGUUCAUGAAGGCUGUUGUAUAUUUUCAACUUUUGAAAGAGACAAAAAUCAUAAAUCGAAUCAUAUCCGGCAAAACUGUAGAUUUGCCCCAUGGUGUGACAUACAGGGUGAGUCCUGAAGCGUGUACUCUUUCCUAUUUGAACCUUAUCAAUCUAAAGUGAGGGUUCCAUUCAUGGCAAUGUAUGGUUCUAACAGUGCCUUUAGUACUUUUUUGUUGGUCUUCUCUGUUGACGUUUUCUUUUUUUAGCUGUAUAUGGCUUAA